CACGGGCAUAGGACCUUCAUUGAUUUUCUUUCCUCAAGUUUACAUUUCCUUUUACUUUGAGUUUGCCAUGCUCUAUGUUCUUAUUAGAGCUUAAAAGUGGCUUCUCAUUUUUCCAAUGGCAUGUACAAAACUCAUCAAGUUGCUUUAUCUCAAGUUCAACACUAGAAAACUUCACGGAAAGGCCAACAGAAUGACCUCAAAUUGGAGACGUGCUAUGAAGAUAGAGUUAGAACGUGGAAACAGUGGAAAGCAAGAAGAAAGUCACCACCGAGUUUGCAUAUACCGUGUUCCAUCUAGCUUGCGUCGGAUCAAACCCAAAGCCUAUGAACCCAAAAACAUCUCCAUCGGUCCCUAUCACCAUGGAGAACCCCACUUGAGAGACAUGGAGACCCUGAAGAAAAGAUUCUAUCGCCGCCUCUUCAACAAUCAUGCCAAUAAAGCCAAACUAGGCGAGGCUUUUGAGUUCCUUGAGAAGGAAGAACGCCAAGUUCGAGGAUUUUACAACGAACACAUCAAAUUGAGCAAAGAUAACUUCCUAAAAAUGGUGCUCGUUGAUGGCUCUUUCAUUGUUCAGCUCUUGAGGGAACUUUCAGCGUGUGAAUUCCGAAAAGUCCCUCCAUCUCUCAGCCCAUGGAUGUUGCCCAUCAUUCGUUGCGAGAUGAUAAUGCUUGAAAACCAGCUUCCCAUGUUUGUUUUGAGCAAGUUGUUCGAGUUAACUAGUGCUGAUUCUGCUCCUUCGGGACCAAAUAUUACUCUCAAAGAUGUCGCUCUUCGAUUCUUUUAUCCUUUGCUUCAGGUGGAUUCGAAUUAUAUACCGGAUAGUAAGAAAGCUGGUGAGUUAAGCGAGCUUCACUUCCUCGAUCUUCUUAGGUCAAGCAUUAUGCCAAAUAAUAUACUAGAAAGUGGGAAAGCUGAUGUCGGAAGAAAAUCUAAACCUCACAUGAUUCAUUCUGUAACGGAGCUGAUAGAGGCUGGUGUGCAGAUCAAAGCAGAUGAGAGUAAAAAUUUGCUUGACAUAAGCUUUGGGAAAAAAAUGGGUUUUUUAAAAAGAAAACUCACUAUUCCCCCUUUGUACAUCAAUGACCACACAUGCACUGUGUUUCGUAACAUGCUUGCUUUUGAGAACUGUCACCAGGAUUGUGACCGCAUGGUGACAGCCUACUUGUUUUUCUUCAAUGGACUCGUCAACUCUGCUGGUGAUGUCUCUUUUCUUCGUUACAAAGGAGUGCUUCACCAUUCUCUUGGCAACGACAACACCGUCUCUAAACUGAUCAACAACAUCACCAAAGAAAUUGUUCUUGACAAACAUAAGUGGUACUUGUACAAAGUGGUCAAUGAAGCUAAUGAGUACUCUGCUACAUGCUAUGCAAGAGUAAGAGCUUCCUUAGUGCAUCACUAUUUCACCAGCUGGGUGGUAAUAGCCUCAACUCUUGGUUCGUUGUUGGUGCUUUACUUCACUUUCAUUCAGAUUGUGUUUUCAUUUGGAAAAUCGUCAAAAGCCUUUGAAAACAAAAGCUUUGGAUCUGUCAUUUACGAUGCUUUCUGUGUGCCAUAUCUGUUGGAUAAACUUAAAUUAGUAGCAUGGUUUUUAUAUAAUUUCUUGUGAGUCUGCAGUGCUGCGGGUUUGCCGCAUUCAGUUCGUUCUGUAUUUCUUAUGCACGGUUCAGGUUUAUCUUUGUUCUGUUUACUUUGUUUUUAUACUUGGUGCACCAGCUGCUAGCAGACUUUAUUUUGUUGUGUUAUGUUCUUAUGCAUUGAAUAAACUUAAAUUAGGAUGUUUUUGUAAUUUCA